GGGCGGGAAGACGCCGAGUCCCCGGGAGAGAAAGGAGGCGCUCGGGCGCCGGGCGAGAGAGAGAGAGAGAGAGAGAGAGAGAGAGGGAGAGAGCAAGAGAGAGAGAGAGGGGAGAGAGAGAGCGAGAGAGAGAGGAGAGAGAGGAGAGAGAGACGAGCUCCGGAGCGCGAGGCGGGCGGAGGCUGCAGCCCGCGGCGCCGGCCGAGAUUUCUCUUGGAUUUGGCUUCACAUUAAAGACCUUCUGCACUGUGUACAGGCACAGUUGCUGAUAUGUGUUCAAGAUGAGUGGGAUGGGAGAAAAUACCUCUGACCCGUCCAGGGCAGAGACAAGAAAACGCAAGGAAUGUCCUGACCAGCUCGGACCCAGCCCUAAAAGAAACACUGAGAAACGUAAUCGUGAACAGGAAAAUAAGUACAUAGAAGAACUUGCCGAGCUGAUUUUUGCAAAUUUUAAUGAUAUCGACAACUUCAACUUCAAACCUGACAAAUGUGCAAUCUUAAAAGAAACUGUGAAGCAGAUUCGCCAGAUCAAAGAGCAAGAGAAAGCAGCAGCUGCCAACAUAGAUGAAGUACAGAAGGCAGACGUGUCGUCCACAGGGCAGGGCGUCAUCGACAAGGAUGCACUGGGGCCCAUGAUGCUCGAGGCCCUCGAUGGGUUCUUCUUCGUAGUGAACCUGGAAGGCAAUGUGGUGUUCGUCUCCGAGAACGUGACACAGUAUCUAAGGUAUAAUCAGGAAGAACUGAUGAACAAAAGUGUGUACAGCAUCCUGCAUGUCGGGGACCACACUGAAUUUGUCAAGAAUCUGCUGCCAAAGUCCAUAGUGAAUGGAGGAUCUUGGUCUGGAGAACCUCCCAGGCGGAACAGCCAUACCUUCAACUGUCGAAUGCUGGUGAAGCCUUUGCCAGACUCAGAAGAGGAAGGCCAUGAUAAUCAAGAAGCACACCAGAAAUACGAGACUAUGCAGUGCUUCGCUGUUUCUCAGCCAAAGUCUAUCAAGGAGGAAGGAGAAGAUUUGCAGUCCUGCUUGAUUUGUGUGGCUCGGAGAGUCCCCAUGAAGGAAAGGCCGGCCCUUCCCUCAUCAGAGAGCUUUACCACCCGCCAGGACCUCCAAGGCAAGAUCACUUCUCUGGACACUAGCACCAUGAGAGCCGCCAUGAAACCGGGCUGGGAAGAUCUGGUGAGGCGAUGCAUUCAGAAAUUCCACACACAGCACGAAGGGGAGUCUCUGUCAUACGCCAAGAGGCAUCAUCAUGAAGUUCUGAGACAAGGAUUGGCAUUCAGUCAAAUCUACCGUUUUUCUUUGUCUGAUGGCACUCUUGUUGCUGCACAAACGAAGAGCAAACUCAUCCGUUCUCAGACUACUAAUGAGCCUCAGCUUGUAAUAUCUUUACACAUGCUUCACAGAGAGCAGAAUGUAUGUGUAAUGAAUCCGGAUCUGACUGGACAAGCGAUGGGGAAGCCAUUGAAUCCAAUUAGCUCUAGCAGCCCUGCCCAUCAGGCCAUGUGCAGUGGGAACCCAGGUCAGGAUAUGACCCUCAGUAGCAAUAUAAAUUUUCCCAUGAAUGGCCCAAAGGAACAAAUGGGCAUGCCGAUGGGCAGGUUUGGUGGUUCUGGGGGCAUGAACCAUGUAUCAGGCAUGCAAGCAACCACUCCUCAGGGUAGUAACUAUGCACUCAAAAUGAACAGUCCCUCACAAAGCAGCCCCGGCAUGAACCCAGGGCAGCCCACCUCCAUGCUCUCACCAAGGCAUCGCAUGAGCCCCGGCGUGGCUGGCAGUCCUCGCAUCCCACCCAGUCAGUUUUCCCCUGCAGGAAGCUUGCAUUCCCCUGUGGGAGUUUGCAGCAGCACAGGAAAUAGCCAUAGUUAUACCAACAGUUCCCUCAAUGCACUGCAAGCCCUCAGUGAGGGCCAUGGGGUCUCAUUAGGGUCAUCGUUGGCUUCACCGGACCUAAAAAUGGGCAAUUUGCAAAACUCCCCAGUUAAUAUGAAUCCUCCCCCACUCAGCAAGAUGGGAAGCUUGGACUCCAAAGACUGUUUUGGACUUUAUGGGGAGCCACCAGAAGGUACAACUGGACAAGCAGAGACCAGCUGCCAUCCUGGAGAACAAAAGGAGCCCAACGACUCCAGCAUGCCCCAGGCGGCCAGUGGGGACAGGGCUGAGGGACACAGCCGGCUGCAUGACAGCAAAGGGCAGACCAAGCUCCUACAGCUGCUGACCACCAAGUCCGACCAGAUGGAGCCCUCACCCUUGCCCAGCUCUUUGUCGGACACAAAUAAGGACUCUGCGGGUAGCUUGCCUGGGCCUGGGUCCACACAUGGCACCUCGCUCAAGGAGAAGCAUAAGAUUUUGCACAGACUCUUACAGGACAGCAGUUCCCCUGUGGACUUGGCCAAGCUAACAGCAGAGGCCACGGGCAAAGAGCUGAGCCAGGAGUCCAGCAGCACAGCUCCUGGGUCAGACGUGACUGUCAAACAGGAGCCCGUGAGCCCCAAGAAGAAAGAGAAUGCACUACUUCGAUAUUUGCUCGAUAAAGAUGAUACUAAAGAUAUCGGUUUACCGGAAAUAACCCCCAAACUUGAGCGACUGGACAGUAAGACAGAGCCUGCCAGUAACACAAAGCUAAUCGCUAUGAAAACUGUGAAGGAGGAGGUGAGCUUUGAGCCCAGUGACCAGCCUGGCAGCGAGCUGGACAACUUGGAAGAGAUUUUGGAUGAUCUGCAGAAUAGUCAGUUACCACAGCUUUUCCCAGACACAAGGCCAGGGGCCCCCGCUGGGUCAGUGGACAAGCAAGCCAUCAUCAAUGACCUCAUGCAACUCACCGCUGACAGCGGUCCCGUCACACCUGUUGGAGCCCAGAAAACAGCGCUGCGAAUGUCACAGAGCACUUUUAAUAACCCACGACCAGGGCAGCUGGGCAGGUUAUUGCCAAACCAGAAUUUACCACUUGACAUCACAUUGCAAAGCCCAACUGGUGCUGGACCUUUCCCACCAAUCAGAAACAAUAGUCCCUACUCAGUGAUACCUCAGCCAGGAAUGAUGGGUAACCAAGGGAUGCUAGGAAGCCAAGGAAACUUAGGGAACAAUAGCACAGGAAUGAUUGGCAGUAGCACUUCCCGGCCCACCAUGCCUUCUGGGGAAUGGGCACCACAGAGUUCGGCUGUGAGAGUUACUUGCGCUGCGACCACUGGUGCCAUGAACCGGCCAAUACAAGGAGGCAUGAUUCGGAAUCCAACAGCCAACAUCCCCAUGCGAGCCAACAACCAGCCUGGCCAAAGACAGAUGCUCCAGUCUCAGGUCAUGAACAUAGGGCCUUCUGAAUUAGAGAUGAACAUGGGAGGUCCUCAGUAUAACCAACAGCAGGCUCCUCCAAACCAAACUGCCCCAUGGCCUGAGAGCAUCCUGCCUAUAGACCAGGCAUCCUUCGCCAGCCAGAACAGGCAGCCAUUUGGCAGCUCCCCCGAUGACCUGCUGUGUCCACAUCCUGCGGCAGAGUCGCCUAGUGAUGAGGGCGCUCUUCUAGACCAGCUGUAUUUGGCCUUGCGGAACUUCGAUGGCCUCGAGGAGAUUGAUAGAGCUCUGGGGAUACCAGAACUGGUCAGCCAGAGUCAAGCUGUAGAUCCAGAGCAGUUCUCCAGCCAAGAGUCCAACAUGAUGCUGGAGCAGAAGGCCCCUGUUUUCCCACAGCAGUACGCAUCUCAGGCACAAAUGGCCCAGGGGAGCUAUAAUCCCAUGCAAGAUCCAAACUUUCACAGCAUGGGCCAGCGGCCUAACUACACCACACUCCGAAUGCAGCCCCGACCAGGCCUCAGGCCCACCGGCCUCGUGCAGAACCAGCCAAACCAACUGAGACUUCAGCUUCAGCAUCGCCUCCAAGCACAGCAGAAUCGCCAGCCUAUUAUGAAUCAAAUCAGCAACGUUUCAAAUGUGAACUUGACGCUGAGGCCUGGAGUGCCCACACAGGCUCCUAUUAAUGCCCAGAUGCUGGCCCAGAGGCAGCGGGAAAUCCUCAACCAGCAUCUCCGCCAGAGACAAAUACAUCAGCAGCAGCAGGUGCAGCAGCGAACUUUGAUGAUGAGAGGACAAGGGUUGAAUAUGACCCCAAGCAUGGUGGCUCCUAGUGGUAUACCAGCAGCCAUGAGCAAUCCCCGGAUUCCCCAGGCCAAUGCCCAGCAGUUUCCAUUUCCUCCAAACUACGGAAUAAGUCAGCAACCUGAUCCCGGCUUUACUGGAGCUACGACUCCCCAGAGUCCUCUGAUGUCUCCCCGGAUGGCGCAUACCCAAAGUCCCAUGAUGCAGCAGUCUCCAGCCAACCCAGCCUACCAGCCCCCGUCAGACAUGAACGGAUGGGCACAGGGCAGCAUGGGUGGGAACAGCAUGUUUUCACAGCAGUCUCCUCCACACUUCGGGCAGCAAGCAAACACCAGCAUGUACAAUAACAACAUGAACAUUAGUGUGUCCAUGGCAACCAACACAGCUGGCUUGAGCACCAUGAACCAGAUGACAGGACAGAUGAGCAUGACCUCAGUGACCUCCGUGCCUACAUCGGGGCUGUCCUCCAUGGGUCCCGAGCAGGUAAAUGACCCUGCUCUGAGGGGAGGCAGCCUUUUCCCAAACCCACUGCCUGGAAUGGACAUGAUCAAACAGGAGGGAGAUACGUCCCGGGUAAGCAGCAGGAGCCAUGAGCACGCAGCCCAGGCGGCUGGGGACCUUCUGUAGGCCGGAACGGGCCUACAAAGUGCUCUGUUCAGUCAGCACAUCAGACAGACAUAAAUACUGCUGACCCUGCGGGAGGCUGUUUUCUUCUUUCUUCAACCCACUGGGCGCUACUUGCUCAAAACACUUAACCAGUCUGGUUAAGCUGCGUCUGUUUGGAGCCUCCUGACCUACCACCAGUUCUCCCAGGACACAAUCAGGACAGUCGGGCCCUGGCCCCCAGCAUCGAGCGCGCUGGCCUGGCGGCCUGGCUGCCACCGGAAGAGCUGCCUCUCCUGACAGCCUGCAGCUAGCCUCCAGACCACCCCGCAGUCUGUUCACUGCAUUCACCUUAGUGCAACUUAGAUCUCCUGCAAAGUAAAUGUCGACAGGCAAACUUCAUCCCCAUUCAGAUUGAAUGUAUUUAAAUGUGUGUAUCUGAGGAGAACCAUGCUCUCGUUCUGUUCCUGUUCGGCUCCAGACACUGGUUUCUUGCUUUGUUUUCUGUGGCUAAUCAGUCUAGUACAAAACAUUAUGGUCUUAUCUAGGGGAAAGAAAGGCAUCUUAACAGUCAGACACCAGGUGUUCUAAGCUCAAGCCUGCAUUUGGGAUGGAAGCAGGGCAGACACUGUGGACAAUGCCGUGGGUGCUGACCCAGCCAGUGGCCGACAGCUGACACAUGCAGAGUUCUGUCCUACACAAAGCUGACAACCGUGCCGGAAGGAGUGUCGGUUCCUGAACAGAUGAAAGGCUCCUGAAAGAGGCAGCUAACAUCGACAAGUAUCUGUUCUACUUUUUCUCUCUGUUAAAACCAAACUAGUUCCCCCAAAUCAUGAAUCGGAAAGAAAUACUUAUUUCUAAAUUCGGUGUUUUUAGAUUGAUCCCAUAGUUUUAAUUGACAUCCGCCGCCCCUCUCGAUCCUGACUUCUCCCUGCCCCUCCCUGCCUUCUCUUGUCCCUCCCACUUGUAUUCUUUUAAAAUAGCAACAGCAUAAACUGUAGAAACCAGGUAAGCCCUUCCUUUCUGUCCGUGUUUUGCCGGCCACUUACAGCAGCUUACCAUGGAAAGUAUCUCCUGUGAAGGAGAGGGGCAAAGUGGGGGUGUGGUGCGGUCAGGCUCCGACACCCUUGCGAAGCCUGGGCCGCCCUGUCACCUCAGGCCUCCAAAAUGAGAGAACAUGCUAAUGAAACCGACAGCAGACAUCACGACAGAUAUAACCUCUGCCAUGUGUUUUUUUAUUUUGUUUUUUAGCAGUGCUGAUAAAGCCGAAGUUUUGUAAGGUACAUAAAAAUCCAAUUUAUAUGUAAACAAGCAAUAAUUUAAGUUCUGAACUUAAGUGUUUUAAUUGUAUAAUUUUGUGAGGUAUACAUAUUGUGGGAUUGACUCAAAAAAUGAGGUACUUCAGUAUUAAAUUAGAUAUCUUCAUAGCAAUGUCUCCUAAAGGCGUUUUGUAAAGGCUGCCAAUGCCUUGAUUAGACCUGAUUUGUAGACUUAAGACCUUUUGUUUUCUAAACCUUAAGAUUCUGCUCACGAAUCACGUAUCUAAUCUAUAUGAUAUGCAGCCGCUAUAGGAACCAAGUCUUGAUUUUAUAUGUUUAUAUUCUUUCUUAAUAAACCUUAGAAAGACUACGUUACUAAGCAGCCCAUUUUAUGGUUGUUUUUCUGCCCUCUCUGUCGGGGAUAACCUUUAGUAAUUGGUGUCAGUUUCAGACAACUGCAGUACCCAGAACUGAGACCUUUCAAUUCUCCCCAACCCCUGAUACUUUCUUACCUAAAUUUCAGAAUGAUAUCUUUUUGAAGUCUAAAAACAAAGCAUUUUAUAAUAUCUCAUUAUCCAAGCUUUCUAGGAACAGAGAAGUUUUUCCUUGAAAUUAUUUAUUCCUGGCAGGGUAAAAAACAUAAACUACCCUAUUUAUAUGUGUAUCUCCCUAUAUAUCUACAGAUUGUGGAAAUAUAGAAAGAGAUAUGGCCCGAAGACAAAUGGUCAGUCAUCUGAAAGUGUUGCUUCAUGCUAAAGAACUUUCUGGAAAUUUGCAUUUCGAGACCUUUUUCUGCUUUGAGAGGAAUCUCAGUGCAGGGAGGUGGCCAAGGAACAAUACUUCCCAGUGGGCACCAGUUCAUGUGUCUGCUCGAGGCUCCACUUUUCUCCACCAAAACAGCACAGCUGUGCUGUAAAGGGAGCAGAAGAAGCCCACAACUCCAAGACCCCGCCCCAGGAAUGAGCACGACCCAUUUUCAGAUCAUUUUUUUAGAAAUAUGGGAGGCAGGAUAACUUUUAACUUCACACAGCCCAAGAGAAGAUGGAGUUUAAGACAGAUUUGUUUUGUUUUGAAUCUUAAAUCCCAUUUCACUAUAACACCAGCCAUAACAUCUGUCAACAUUCAUCCAAUCCACCACUGUUCUCUAAUGGCGAUCCCAAGCCAGACAAGUGUACCAGCCUGGCAGUUAGAGCAGCCUGUGAUUAUGACAUGAAGAAGAGCACGUACAUUCUCUCACAGUUCCAAGCAGUAGUAAUGCAUUUUAUUUGACAUCUAAUUAGAAUAAAAUGAGUGAAGGAGCCAUCUGAUCAUGUUACCAUAGAAGCAAAUGCCAAAUCGACUCCCUUCAUCAUCAGUAUUUCUCAUGCUACACACAAUAAAUUUGUCCUUGGUUUUUGUUUAGCGGAACAUAUAAUCAGUGUUUUCUUAUAUUACUCAAUGUGAAAAACAUAAUGUGAAAAGCAUACACACCUCACCUUGGUUGUAUGACCCACUCAAGUGUUCGUGUAGCGUGGUUUUAAAAGUGAAGUGAGCUGUGCCACUAGAGCAGACUCGUUUGACACGAAGACUAAAACAACCCCACGUGUAUCUCUUACGACCUGUAAUAAUUGAAAGCAAUGGUCUUUUGCAGUUGAAGCUGCAGCUUUUCAUCUGUGUUUCAAAGCGGAGUUCCCACGGGCUUGACACAUGAACUGGGAGGCACAGAUCCACUUGCAGAACCCAAAGAUACACAAUCAAUUUUGAAAUGCAACUUAAGCCAUUAACUAAUUGUUGGUGUGAACUUAAAAUUUUCUAGUGUUUGUAUGGUAGUACGCUGCCUAAGAGCAAAGCAUUCUCUGCACAAAAGAAAAUACUGUAGUGGCUUCGAUUUUAAUUAGAAUUUUCUCCCUGGUGUUUCUUUAUAGACUAAAACAAAAUCUUUUAAGUUUCUUACUACAGGUAAAAGCUAUGUGCAAGAACCUCAAAAUGCUAAAACCUAGCAUAAUGCCUUAGAUCUGUUUUUAAGUCCUGUAUAUUCCUACAUAGCUGUCCAAUGUAUUAUAUUUGUAUAGUGAAUUGUGUACAAUUUUUGAAUAAGUACGUCAUCACUUACCCGUAUGUUAUUGAGCAGUGAUGACGACCCAUUUCUUCAGACAUUUAACUGUCAUUUUUUUUUCUUUGUCAUUCGUGGGUUUUAUUUGUACAGUUCCUCAUGAAGUUGCAUCUGAGAUAUGUGUAUAUGAAAAGAUUAUACAAGGGUAAACUUAAGCAAUAUAUUCACUAUGGUUCUUCAGGAGAAAGCUUACAGUGUUUCAGGUUGUGGAUUUAUUUUCAAAACAGAGUUGACUCUGAGCAUCACUUUGUUCAUCUGCAUUGAUGUUUGUAUUUCUAGUGUGAGCAGUUUAUGCAAAGGUAGAUAUAUUCAGAGAAAUUUUAAAUACAUUUAUGCAAGUUACUAUUGCUUUGCUGAUGCUAUUUGCUUAUUUGAUGUUAAAUAAUGCUAUUGUAAAUAAAGAAUCUGUUGUUACUGCAUCAUUUAAUAAAUUUUAAUGCCUUCGGGUUUUACAUGGCUUUAGAGAUUUUAA